GUUAUGAAAUUAGCAUUGCUAUUAUGUUAAUAUCAGUUGCCAAGCUUCCCCUUAACCAAAACAUCCAACACCCACGCAUCCAAAGUUUCUUUAUUUGCUCACUCUUUUAACCUUUAUCUGCUUCAUGAUAAUGCCCGUAAAUGCUUCUUCUUUACACUUCCACCACCUCAAAGUUUCGUAAAUAAGAACCCACCCAAAGUCCUCGCUACAUGUACAAUUGUACACGCCUACAAUGGCACCUCUCUUACUCCUUUUCUUUAUCUUCUUCGCCUCUUCUUCUCCACUAACACACUCUCGAACCAGGCCCCUCAAAACGACAACGCUCGACGUCGCUUCAUCCCUUCAGAAAACCACCCGUAAUGGCCCCACUUCAUACUCCCUAAAAACACAACCUUCAGAAUCUACACUCUCCCUUCAACUCCUUUCUCGCGCUUCAAUUCAAAAGCACCACUCAUACACGAACAACUACAAGUUAUUCACACUCUCAUUACUCGAGCGCGACUCAGCCCGAGUCAAGGUCAUAGAAACUCGCCUAGAUCUCGCUCUGAAACGAGUUUCGCGCACGGAUCUUCACCCGGCCGAGUCGAUGACCGAGUUAGACCCGGAGGAAAUGCAAGGACCGUUGAUAUCCGGAACGAGUCAAGGAAGCGGCGAGUACUUCGUUCGAGUCGGAAUCGGUAACCCGCCAAGUCAAGCUUACCUGGUCAUCGACACGGGCAGCGACGUAAGCUGGAUCCAGUGCGCACCUUGCGCCGACUGCUAUGACCAAGCUGAUCCAAUAUUCCAGCCGGAUUCAUCGGCUUCCUAUGCACCAAUCCCCUGCGCCGCGGCGCAGUGCAAGUCCCUAGACCUCUCCGAGUGCCGUAACGGAACCUGCCUCUACGAGGUUUCUUAUGGCGACGGUUCUUUCACAGUCGGCGACUUCGCGACGGAGACCAUUACGCUCGGCUCCGUUUCAGUUCCCAAUGUCGCCAUCGGCUGCGGCCACAACAACGAAGGCUUGUUCGUCGGAGCUGCUGGCUUGCUCGGCCUCGGAGGCGGCCCGUUGUCUUUCCCGGCUCAGCUCAACGCCACUUCAUUUUCCUACUGUCUCGUGGACCGCGAUUCUGACCAUGCUUCAACUCUCGAGUUUCACUCGGCAUUAUCUCAUUACGCCGUCACGGCGCCUUUACGGCGGAACAAGGAGAUGAACACAUUCUAUUAUGUUGGACUGACCGGAAUUGGUGUGGGCGGUGAGGUACUUCCUAUUCCGGAGGCGAGUUUCGAGGUGGAUAGCACCGGCGCCGGAGGUGUUAUUGUGGAUUCUGGCACGGCUGUGACGAGGUUAAAAGAGGAGGUGUACGACGUUCUGAGGGAUGCGUUUCUGAGCGGGACAAAAGGGUUGCAGAGGGCGAACGGCGUGGCGUUGUUUGAUACUUGCUACGACUUGUCGUCUAAGUCGAGCGUUGAGGUUCCGACGGUGUCGUUUCAUUUUCCUGGGGGGAGGGAGUUACCGUUACCGGCAAAGAAUUACCUGAUACCGGUUGACUCGGUGGGGACGUUCUGCUUUGCCUUCGCCCCCACUACGUCUUCCUUGUCGAUAAUUGGGAAUGUUCAGCAGCAAGGGACACGUGUCGGUUUCGAUGUCGCUAACUGGGUCGUUGGAUUCUCUGUCGAUAGCUGCUAGUCGUAGAUGGAUUAUGCCUGUGCAAAUUUUAAUUUAACUAUUUAAUUUAAUAUUCUCUGUUGUUAUUA